UGGAUUUCUUGGCUCUCGAAUGUCGGAUGCUAAGCGUCACUAAAGAGAAUACUGCACUUGUUACGAUUCAAGUGUGCACGGAACGAAAGCCUUGUAACUUGUUACCUGCCUGUUAGCGACCAUGGCCUUGUUCGGUGACGAUGCGGACAGGGAGCAGUUCUUCGAGGCAGCACGCAAGCAGGCGAAGGAGGACUUCGAGUCGGACAACUCAAAUGUGCAGGCUCUCGUGCGAUGGGGUGGCGCGAUGCUGGAGCUGGCUCACUACAAGCAAGGGGAGGAGUCCGUCGACAUGAUUAAAGAGGCGAUUGUCAAGCUUCAACAAGCUGUUUCUCUGGAUGCUGAGCGGGCGGAUGCUUACUGGUGCCUAGGCAAUGCCUACACCUCGCUGGGUUUCCUGUGCCCCGAGAAGUCCCGGGCGCUUCAGAACUUCAACGAGGCCUCGAAGGCCUUCAAGCACUGCUACGACAAGGAGCCCAACAACGAGACGUACAAGAAGGCCCUGGAGAUGUGCGAGAAGGCCCCCGACUACUAUGAUGAGAUCCAGUCGCACAUCUCGCAGCAAACGGCAGUGAUGGAGGCCACGGGCGGCCGGCGGGGCGGUGCCGCGGGGGCGGCCGCCGCCGGCUCCUCCUCCGUGCCCGAGUGGGUUUGGGACCUGGGCGGCUGGGUGCUGCUGGGUGUGGCGGUCACCGGGGCGCUCAUCCUCGCAAAGUCGGGGGCACCCAAGCCCACCGCGUAAGGGAGGCGGCGUAGUUUGUUGGGGAGCGUUUGCAGUGUUGGGGACAGUUUGUGAGGCUGUUGUGUUCAUGGGGUGCAGCGUUCGGGUUUGGGUUGGAGAUGAGGCGGCGUGUGUGCACUUGUUGGGUUAUAUUAUGUGGGUAGUACCUCGGGUUUGGUACCAUGGUUUGGGGGAUGAUGGUGUUGACAGUGGCGAGGAAGGGGAUGGCCGGGGGACUGCAACUACAAGGAAUUUGGAACAGGCGGGCAUGUCGCCCCGUGCGCACGAGGAGAGAGGCAUGCAGCUAUGAGGUGGAGCAUGGGUAUGCGCAUCGCUGUGAUGCAGGGAUGGGGCUGAAGAGGCCUGGGGCGCAGAGGAGGUUUGCCAACGGGGUUCGGGAAAGUGGGAGUGGGGGGUGUUACAGAGGACACAUGUGAGGGACCCGGGCCAAAGGAUGACGAUUGGUGGAGGCGUGUAGUCCCGGGUAUUGUCCGGGAUUCCUCAUUAAGGUUUCUGUGUGUUUUGCCGUUCCUCUGUGUCAGUUUUUUUGGGGGGCGGCAAUGACGGCUGCGUGUCGUGGAUUGGCAUAGCCGGCCAUGCAAGGGAACUUCAACAGUGGCCGUUGUUACUGUCUCACGGAAGGCAACAUCACGACAACAACGAUGUGGGCUGUAACCUGCUU